GUUUAAUGAAACUAUUAAAACCAAGUUGGGUACAUCAUGACGAAAAACCAAUAUUUUCCAUUGAUGUACAUCAGGAGUGUCUUAAAUUUGCCACCGGUGGCCAAGGUGUGGAUUCCGGCCGGGUCGUAAUAUGGAAUCUAUUACCGGUCCUAUCCGAAAAAGCCGAAUUGGAUGAAUCGGUGCCGAAAAUGCUAUGCCAAAUGGACAAUCAUCUGGCCUGUGUCAAUUGUGUGCGCUGGUCGCAAAAUGGUCUAAUGUUGGCAUCAUGUUCCGAUGAUAAAUUGGUGAUGAUAUGGAAACAAUUGAAGGGCCCGAGUGGCGUUUUCGGCACCGGUGGCAUACAAAAAAAUCCCGAAUCGUGGAAAUGUAUGUUCACGUUGCGUGGACAUGCCGGGGACGUUCUUGACCUCGCCUGGUCACCUCAGGAUCGUUGGCUGGCCAGCUGUAGUGUCGAUAAUACAAUUAUUGUAUGGGACGCACAAAAUUUCCCCGUCAUCAUUACCACCCUUAGAGGACACACCGGCCUGGUCAAGGGUGUUUCCUGGGAUCCCGUCUGCAAAUUUCUCGCUUCACAAAGCGAUGAUCGUAGUGUGAAAAUAUGGAAAACGUGUGACUGGUCAUGUAGUAAUACCAUUACAGAACCCUUUCAGGAAUGUGGUGGUACAACGCAUAUAUUACGCUUAUCAUGGUCACCCGAUGGCCAGUAUUUAGUAUCGGCACAUGCCAUAAAUAGUGGUGGUCCAACGGCACAAAUUAUCGAACGUGAAGGUUGGAAGUGUGACAAAGAUUUUGUGGGGCAUCGCAAGGCCGUCACAUGCGUACGCUUUCAUACGGCAAUUUUGAAGCGACAAGCCCCCAAGUCACAGAAACCCCAACAGUAUUGUUGUCUGGCUGUGGGUUCACGUGAUCGUUCAUUAUCCGUGUGGAUGACAGCAUUACAACGGCCGCUGGUUGUGAUACAUGAACUAUUUAACGACAGUAUAUUGGAUCUUUCUUGGGGUCCGGAAAAGUACAUCCUAAUGGCAUGUAGUGGUGAUGGCACUGUGGCUUGUCUUCAAUUUUCCGAAAACGAGCUUGGCACCCCCCUUUCCGAAGAGGAUAGAAAUGCGCUGUAUCAACGUAUUUACGGGAAAACUGCUGCAAAUCUAACCAACGGUUCCACCACAUCCAAUGACAUGCUUAUCGAAAAUCCCGAAUUAAUUUUAUAUAGUCAAAAUAAGCCUAAACCUCCAACACUGCCAACAAUGCAACUAACAACUAAUCAUAAUAAUAUUAAUAAUAAUUAUAUAGAAUCUACAGGAACACUGCCGUCCUCGAAUGGCUUCGGUACUCCGUCAGAUGGUAGAAGUGUAUUUUCACAAAACUCCACAAAUUCCGCGGGCUCCGUUUCAGUUGUGCCACAAACAACGCCCGUUAAGGCGAUAAGUAAACAAAUGGAGACUCGGACCAAGGAUGGUAAAAGGCGUAUAACACCAAUGUUUAUACCAUUAAAUACUGAUACCGUAACGGGUGCAUCGGACGCAACGCAUAGUUUUCAAUCGACAUCUGUGCUAGGUGGCAAUCAAACUACCGCUUUCUCAAUGCCCGCAGUACAAACCACUGAAACCAAGAGCACCGCAACAACGACAACGACGAUAACAGGCGUAAAUAUUAUUUCAAAUGAUGUUAGCAAAGAAAAUAUACCACAAACGGCAAAGUCGUCUUCUGCAGCCAGUGAGGAUUCUGGCCGUUUAGAUCCCCGCUUAGUAAAAAGCAAUCAAAAACAACCACCCGAACCCUUCACUGUAAAACAGGAUUCCUUUAAGGAGUUUCCUCACUUUAAGCGAACACCUCAACACAUUGUGCCGACAAAAGAUACAUCGAAAGUUUAUAUGGCCUCAACGGCAGGUCCCAAGAUAACAAUAAACGCCUCAACAAAAUGUGAAUUUCAGAAGACUGCAAUGGAUUAUCGUGUACAUGUGGCCAAUGGGGCGGUACAGACAGCAACUGGUCCAUUGGCCCGGGUAACUGCCAUACGUUUAGUUAGUGGUAAACUUUGGGAAACCUUUGUGGGCUCACCCAUUAUUAAUUUCAAUUUUUGUCUAAAAUGCGUUAUGCUGUGCAGUUUAGAUGGUUCAUUACGUUUGAUGGAUUUAAUGAACGGUAAUCCCUUAAUGCCAGUCAUUAGUUUGAGCACAUCCGCAAUACAAUGUGCCUUUUCGCCCAAGGGUACUUUAGUUGGUGUCGUAACCGAAUGUGGUCUAUUGCGAAUAUGGAACAUUGAAAAAUGUACAUGCGUUUUGUCAACAACAUGUUCGGAUAUUUUCGGUAAACAUGGUGCGAUCUAUCAAUAUACCAUUACCGAAAAUGGUGUACCAUUGAUUGUAUUCUCCGAUGGCAAUUCAUAUUCAUUUUCACCACAAAUGCAAGCAUGGUUGGUUGUUAGUGCAAAAGAUCCCAUUACCCGUCAUGGUAUUAAAAAUUCUAUACCAAAAGAAUUUCCAAAAGAUUAUCAGGAUUUUCCACUGAUGUCGGUACAAUCAUCGACAAAUUUCUUUGCCACCACAAGUGCUGGUAUUGAACUUUUCUUCUUCUUUUUUUCCAGCAAUGCCAAUGAUUGGCAAUCGAUUGCAAAGAUACAAUUUGCCGAAAAUCAAAUAAAACUUUGUGAAAUGAUUAAAUCGCCGGAAGAAUUGAAAUUUUGGUAUAGCAUGUUGGUAUUCUAUGUAUCGACACUGGGUAAUGAGAAAAAAUUACGCGAUUUAUUGAAUGAUCUAUUGGGUAGUGGGCGACCAACUGCUCCCGGCGAGGAAGCAAAAAUAUUGGACAUACCAAAACACUCAAUAUUGGAAAGUACUCUGGAACAGAUAAAACUUCUUCCACGAUGGCAACGUAUAUAUAUGGAAUACAAUGAAUUAUAUCAUGAUAUAAAAACAUUAAAACGAGAAGAGGAAGAAGUAGCAGAAUCCAACAGCAACAGCCCAUCCAACAACAAUGAAACAGAAAUAUUAUUAACGGCAUCAUCAUCAUCCCCAACACAUAAACAAUCUAUACAGGCUCCAAAAUUACCACCACCAUCACAAUCUAUCUUUUCGGUAUCAUCAAAUCAUACAACAAAUGAAGAAUCUAUUAAACUCCCAACCUCCGCCUCGGUCACAAAAAUUCCAAACGAAGAUGUUAACAACAAAUGCAGUCCUGAACCGCAGGAACAACAUAUGGAUAUUGUUUAA